UGCCUUGUGAUCUGCAGAUGAAAUAAUUUUCUUUUUCUUUAUCAAGCCUGUUUGUUUUAUCACCAUUUACUAUCUCUAUUCGAAUGCUUUUAAAUAUUUGUGCUGUUGAAUUUUAUGACUAGAUUUGCUUUCAUCUGCAGAGCACAAGGCAGUAUACUGUAUAGAAAACAGAAAAUUCGAUUUCUAACGAAGAACACAAGACUAAUAUUGGAAAGUUUUGCAGCAUACAGACUUUGCUUAUAACUAAUACUGCUGUGAGUUUCAGCGCUUUAAUCCAUUGGAAUAGUGUGUUACAGUAAAAAUAUCCCAAACUCAAAUUUCACUAAAUCAGUCAUAACUCGUGAAGGAAGUAGCACAGGCGCAGGCCAUUUUAGCCUUUUUCUUACACUAAUGUGUCGUAUCGGUACAAAAUAUAAGCUCAAACGGAGAUGGCCACCCGGAAAGGUUCUCUCGCUAGUAUAGGUUUUCACAAAAAAACAUUAGAAAAUGGUUUGGUUUCUAGAAAGGUUUCGCAAAAACCUUCAGAAGUAAGAGAAUAUUUUUUAUUGAUUUAAGUGCAGAAUCAGGAUCGACAGAUAAAGUAGGGUAUUUUCUGAGAUUCUGAAAUAGGUUGAAUGGAUUUUGACUGAGGUAAGAUUCUUUUUAAUUGGUGAUGAACAUAAUCAAAAAUGGAUUAUUUCAACUAGUAUAGGUUUUCACUGUGUUCUUGCAUUUUGUUCUGAAACCAACAUUGCCACGAGAUUCAGCAUAGUCGAUAAUGUGUGUUUUCAUUCAUUUCUGAUAGUCUCAGGCCUAACGACAGAGGAGUAAUAAGGCUUCGAAGAAAACGUCCAUAGCUCCCAACCAUGAAUUACCAAAAUGUCGCCUGGAUCCAUUUUUGUAGAGGACACUUUUUACUAUAUGUCUAUGGAAAAAAAUUGAUAGAUUUUGAUGUCACUUUUCAGAGAUCCAAACUGAUUUUUCAAAGAUCCACUAUAAAACCGACUUCGAAAAACUUUUCAAAAAUCGAUUUUCAUUGUCGGAAUAUAGCUUCACGUGUCUAGUUUCUAAAACUGAAAAUCACAGGUCUCUGUCUUUAUCUCUCUCUGAGUUAUUCGAAAAUUGGCAAACUGCUUUAUAUUCUGAGAUGGAUAGUAGUCAAGUUAAUACCUUUCCUCAACAAUAUGUAGAAACUGCAAAUAUUUUAUUAAGUUUUAGAUUUUCCUUCUACUAUGAGUCAAAAGAAAGUUGAUUGGUAUUUUAAUGCAGGUCCAGAUCCAUGGAGUAAACCAAUAGUACCACAAUGGAAGCCAUAUUCACCCGCCGACUGUGAAAAGAUAGAACAAGCAUUCCAGAAUAAGCAAGAUACCGUAGAUAUUGGGAAUUAUACUAUUCGUCUAGGCACGAACCCUGUACAAAUAAGUAAAGUAGAUGAAAAAAAACAAAGACAAGUCGCUCGUGGCGACCCAAUAGUGAAUGGUGGUAGUUAA